UCGGUUCGCGACCCGAAUCCGAAAACACACUCUAAUUAGCGAUUAGCGAAACGAGGGAGGCUGAGAGCGCGCAACCGAGCGAGGGAGAGGUUGAGGGCUCUCAUGGCGUUUCGAGCGCUCUCUCGAGCCAAAGGCGUCGUCUUUUCUCCAUCCACCCUUCGAAUCCUCACAAGUUUAUCGAAUCAAUCUAUGCUUUCUUCGUCCGAACUCUCCGAUCAAAGCCGAGCACCCCAUCAGCAAGAACCAGUCUUCUGUCCUCAUGGCCGGUUUUACCACGAUGGUAGGCCUCGGGGUCCGCUGUGGCGGGGCAAGAAGAUGAUCGGAAAGGAGGCUAUUUUCGUGAUCUUGGGGUUGAAGAGGUUCAAGGACGAUGAGGAGAAGCUUGACAAGUUUAUAAAAUGCCACGUCUUGAGGUUGCUCAAGAUGGACAUAAUCGCGGUGCUAAAUGAGCUUGAACGGCAGGAGGAGAUCAGCCUAGCUCUCAAGAUAUUUAAGGUGAUUCAAAAGGAAGAUUGGUAUAAGCCAGAUGUGUUCCUGUAUAAAGAUUUGAUAAUAGCUUUGGCGCGAUGUAGAAAGAUGGAAGAAACUAUGAAAAUUUGGGAGAGCAUGAGAAAAGAGAAUCUGUUUCCUGAUUCACAGACCUACGCCGAAGUUAUCAGAGGGUUCCUGAGAUAUGGAUCUCCUGCAGAUGCAAUGAACAUCUACGAGGACAUGAAGCAGUCUCCUGAUCCACCAGAAGAGCUGCCCUUCCGGAUAUUGCUCAAGGGACUGCUACCUCAUCCCCUUCUGCGUAACAGAGUGAAACAAGACUUCGAGGAAAUGUUUCCCGAACGACAUGUUUAUGAUCCUCCCGAGGAGAUUUUUGGCAUGCGAUGAAGGUCUCAGGACUCAGGACUCCAUGCAUUUUUACUGAUUAAAUGGCUCUGCCUUCAGUUCCUUGCAGCUACCACACUAGAGCAUGGGGAGACACAGGAACUUGAUAAAUUUUCAAGAAUUCAUAACAUCUAAUUGUUGUUUAUGGGAGUCAUUAAUUUAAGACUUAAUGUACAUUGAUGAUAAGUUUUUAAACUGUUUGAUGGGGAUCAUGUUUUGGCCUUGCCUUGUGAAUUGUCAGCUUUGUAGACAAUACUACAUUUCAUGUUUCAAA